UAUAAGAUUCAGAAUAUUUAAGAGUUCGGAACUGUGAGGUUGCUAUUUUAUAUUUUUUGUGGAGAUAUUAAAAUGGAAAAUAAUACGAAAAGUGAAGACUCUGAAAUUCAGGGAAUAAGUACAGUGACCAAAAAAGAGGAUCCUUCACCUCAAAAUGUACAAAAUUGCUCAGACUCGAAAGUGUCCACAGAUACUAAAAAUACUCAAGUUCGUGUCGUUCGAGGUGCGAAAAAAUUGAAAUUAGAUGCUGCUGAUGGCAAUAAUUCCGAAAAGAAAGAUUCCAAGGAUGAAGAAAAUAACACAGAGGCAAAAGUAAGAUCUCUGAAAAGAUCUUGUGAACUAUGGUCUAUGGAAGACAAAAAUACCUUUUUUAAAGCUUUGAACGAGUAUGGGAAGGACUUUGAUGCUUUGCAGAGUUAUUUCUUAAGUCAGGGAAAGAAGAAAGGUCUGCCAAAUGUUAUGAUAAAAAAUAAGGAACAGAUAAGACAUUUUUAUUACAGAACUUGGUUAAAAAUAUCAAAACACCUAAAAUUUUCAGAAGAUGUAAAAAAAACUUCACAAGAAUUAUAUGGAUUAAUUAAUUAUGGUGAACUUAGAAGAAAGUUACCACGAAUAUAUGAAAAAGUACACUUGAAGUUAAAUGAAUUGAUCUAUUGGGGUUCAACACAAGUCAGACUUAGAGGAAAAACUAUGAGAAUUAAAACACCUAUUUGUAGAGCAUUGCGAAAACUAAAUCAGUUGGAAGAUUGGCAAGAAGAAAUUAAACUUCCCUCUAGAAUAACAAUUGAAUUAAGACCUCAUAAUAAUAUGGCUUGGUGGCAGGUGCAAGCAUCAUCAAUGAAUCCAAGAGUACGUACCUUACUGCCUGUACAAAGACGUUUGUCUAGUUUAUUGAUAUUUCUACAACAAAGGUGGAGACCAGCAAAAUAUAAUACAUCCCCUAAUGUAGAAAAUGCUAUUGUUAAUGAAAUGAAAGAUUCUCGAUUAUUACGAGUGGCACCACCUGAAGGAUGCAAAAUUACCUUGCCAAUGGUGAAUCUUGGAGAGUAUCUCACCAGUAACAGUGUUAGUUUAAAUUCUUAUGAGAAACGUCUAGGAUUAAAAGGUUCCAGAAUGGAUCUGUUAGGGUCAGUGCAAUAUUUAAAAGGGGUUGGAAAAAAGGGAAUAAAAAAGAAUAAAGUGGACAAAAAAUGUGUUAAUCGCACAGAAGAUAAUUCUACUAUGCCAGACAAUAAUAGUGAUAUAGAUGUAAUAGAAUCUGGCAGUAACAUUUCAGAAAAAUUAUCCACUGUUAAUAAUACUGAAAAAUCUAGCUCAGAGCAACAAAUAGAAUUUAACAGGUUUCCAGGUAGAGAAACCAUUGAAAGAAUUCGACAGGGUUGGAAUGUUGAGGAAGCAAACACUAUCACUGUGGGAGAUCUGUUUUUAAUGUUCGGUCGCGAGUCAAAAGUCACAUUGGAAUAUUGGUGGGAUUGGAAUCAACGGGAACAGAACAUUGGGGAGUCUACAUCAACAAGUUUGUGUGACAGUAAUUUAUGUGUAACAUUACGAAAGUUAUUAUCGAUAGCAAGACAUAGUUACGGCACGAGUAAGGUGUAUGAUAGUUCUUCUGGCAGUAACGAAACUGUGAUUUCGUCUCGAGUACUUUCGACGAAAGAAUCAACUUUCAGACGACCAUUGGUUCCACAAACAUAUCACAAAAUUGGAACACCAGAUGCUUUCAAAACACAGUUAGAUAAGUUUAAGACACGUUUUAGUAAACGAGGUAGAACUGUGAGGCAAAAAAGUCUUGUUGUACAAAGGGUUUUGCCAAUAAUAUCCAAUGUGAGCAGUCCAUCAGAAGAUAUAACGUCUACUAAUCCUCAAGAGGCAAAUAAAAUAAAUGAUCCUCCUAUAAAUAAUAAUGGUCAACAAAAUGAUAAACCUCCACCUAUAAUAAUAAAUGAAUCACAGGAAAAAAAUUUUUUGGAUGUACUAGAAGUGGUCAGAGAUCCAAAACCUACUAAUUCCAUUAUAACAAGUGCUACACAAAUACUUAAAGAGGGAGAACACCAAUGGUUGAAUAGUGAGGUAGCAGAUUUUUCAUUAAGUAGUUUCUUAGGUCAACUAGAAUCCCCAAUGAAAAUAUCACAGAGAAAUCAUAAUGAAGACAAUAUUGAAGAUAGUCGUCCAUCAUCCGAUGUUGUAUCACAUAUGCAGUGCCUGAUGGGAGAGAAUAGCGUUGAUUAUAUGGCAAAAUUCGCAAAUCUUGCAUCGCAAAUUGCAUCAGAUGAUAGUAAAAAAUAA